AAGAACAUAGAGAAGAAGAAGAAGCGAAGCCCUUCCUACUCAACAUGGCGACAUAGAGGAGAGUCCACGCUCGUUUGUUGACAUUUGUUUAAAAACCACGUUUAUGCUUCAUUAGUGGAUUUACAACUUCUAUAACCAUGUCGAGACUCAUCGUCAAAAACCUCCCUAACGGGAUGAAGGAGGAAAGGUUCAGGUCGAUGUUUGCUGCCUUUGGCACUGUAACCGACUGCUCUCUGAAGUUUACCAAGGACGGCAAGUUCCGCAAGUUCGGCUUUGUGGGUUUUAAAGCCGAGGAGGAUGCGAACAGAGCCCUGAAACAUUUCAACAAGAGCUUCGUGGACACAUCCAGAGUCACGGUGGAGAUGUGUAAAGCGUUCGGAGACCCCACUAAAGCAAAAGCCUGGAGUAAACACACUCAGAGCUCAGGCCAGGACAAACCCUCUGCUCCUGCUGACACUGACAGCAAAAAGAAAAAGAAGAAACCGAAAAAGGAACUCAACAGCGCACUUGGGAAUCUGGAAGAGGACCAGGGAUUCAAGGAGUUUCUGUCAGUACAUCAAAAUCGAAGCCAAGUACCGACCUGGGCGAAUGACACCGUGCAGCAAACAACUGGCCCUGACAGUGGACGGACAAAGACUCAGGGCAAGAAGAAGCUUUCUUCAGAUGAUUACCUCAACUUUGAUUCAGACCAGUCAGAGGAUGAGGACGAGGAAGAAGAAUUCGAUGAAGAUGAAGGUGCCACGAAAGAGGCACUGAAGUCUGUCUUGUCAGACAUGGAGUACCUGCGCUCAAAGGUGGCACAGACAGACAACACCAUGGAAGAGAGUGAACAGAAGGACGAUGGUGAAGAGGGUGAUAAUGAAGAUGAGGAGGAUGGUCCUGUACAGCACACAGACAGCGCCUAUGAGAGUGGUGACAGAGAAAACAGCUCAAAGACCAAAAUUUCACCUUCUUCUGAGGAUAACAAGUGGAGCAAAGCCAAGAAAACUGCUAUGCAGGAGAUAGAGCCGACAACAGAGUUCACAGUGAAGCUGAGAGGAGCCCCGUUCAAUGUUAAAGAGCAACAGAUUCGAGAGUUCAUGACCCCGCUCAAGCCUGCAGCAAUCAGGAUUGGGAAGAACGAAAGCGGAAAUAGGACGGGUUAUGUGUAUGUGGACCUGCGCUCUGAAGAAGAGGUGGAAAAAGCCUUGAAGAAGAAUAAAGACUACAUAGGGGGGCGUUACAUUGAGGUCUUCUCUGUGGAUGCCUCUGGGGGUAAGGGCAAGAGGGACAGAAAGGACAAAGAAAUUGACCGAAACUUCACCAGGAAGCUCAAGGAUGAUGAGGAGGAGGAAGAUAUUGCAGAGUCAGGUCGACUCUUCAUCAGAAACCUUCCUUACACCUGCACCGAGGAAGAGAUCAAAGAGCUGUUUGCCAAACACGGUCCUCUAUCUGAGGUGCUCUUCCCAAUCGACAGUCUAACAAAGAAACCUAAAGGAUUCGCUUUCAUAGCCUACAUGAUACCAGAGAAUGCUGUUACAGCUCUUGCACAGCUGGACGGACAUAUAUUUCAGGGCAGGAUGCUUCACCUUCUUCCUUCCACUGUGAAGAAGGAAAAGACUGAAUCCUCUGAUUCUGGUGGUCCUGGCUCUUCAUCUUACAAGAGACAAAAAGAUGCUAAGAAUAAAGCUUCAAGUUCCAGUUCACACAACUGGAACACCCUGUUUCUUGGCACAAGUGCAGUGGCAGAUGCCAUCGCUGAAAAAUACAACACCACAAAAAGCCAAGUUCUGGACCAUGAGUCCAAGGGAAGUGUUGCAGUGAGGAUGGCUCUGGGAGAGACACAAAUCGUCCAGGAGACUCGACAGUUUCUACUGGACAACGGUGUCAGUCUGGAUUCCUUUAGUCAGGCAGCAGCAGAGAGGAGUACAACUGUGAUCCUGGUGAAAAACCUUCCAGCUGGAGUGACGGUGUCAGAGCUGGAGGAGCUCUUCUCACCUCAUGGCUCUUUGGGUCGAGUGCUGCUGCCCCCUUCAGGACUCACCGCCAUCAUCGAGUUCCUGGAGCCGACUGAAGCAAAACGAGCCUUCACAAGGCUGGCCUACAGCAAGUUCCAUCAUGUCCCGCUGUAUUUGGAGUGGGCACCUGUCGGGGUGUUUGUGGCAGCCAAACUAGAACCAGUACUAGACAAAGAGGAGGCAGUGAAAGAAGAGAAGGAGGAGGAGGAGGAGGAGGAAGAAGAUGAGGAGGAAGAGGAGGAAUCUGCUCCAGGUUCCACACUUUUCAUUAAGAAUCUUAAUUUCAGCACAACAGAGGAGACACUACAGCAGACGUUCUCCAAAUGUGGCAAGGUCAAAUCCUGCACCAUCUCCAAGAAGAAAGAUAAAACAGGAAAGCUGUUGUCCAUGGGCUACGGUUUUGUCCAGUAUCAGACGGCAGAGGCAGCACAGAAGGCCCUGAGACAGCUACAGCACUGUACUGUGGAUGAUCACCAGUUAGAGCUGAAGAUUUCUGAGAGAGCCACAAGGACUACUCAGGUGUCGCGCAAGAAGAAGCAAGUCGAGAAGAAGCAGACAGGAUCUAAGAUCCUUGUGCGCAAUGUUCCCUUCCAAGCCACUGUCAGGGAAAUUCGCGAACUCUUCUGUACAUUCGGAGAGUUGAAGACAGUCCGUCUUCCAAGAAAAGCAGCUGGUUCAGGGAAUCAUAGAGGUUUUGGCUUUGUUGAUUUCCUCACCAAACAGGAUGCUAAGAAAGCGUUUGCUGCACUGUGCCACAGCACCCAUCUAUACGGGAGACGUCUUGUGCUGGAGUGGGCUGAUGCUGAGGAAACAGUGGAGACGCUGAGGCGGAAAACAGCUGAACAUUUUCAUGUGGCCUCCAAAAAGCAGCGAAAGGCAGAGGUUUUGGAGGGAAUUCUAGAAACAAUGGAAACUGAAGGAGGCGUGGAAAACUGAGGUCCCUAAACGCUACUGUGGCUGUGAAAGUCUGGACACAAUCCUGACCAGUGCUCCUGUUUUUCUGUGGGAAUAGGACUGUGGAGAAAAUAUGGACCUGACCGAGAUAUGCAGAAGGAGCAAAUUAUGAUAAAUUAAUGAGAAAUCGAAGUUUUGUGAAAAACUUUGAAAACCUCUGUAUUGUUUUGUAUAGAAAGAUCAGCCUCAGCAUGGUGGUACUGAUGUCCUUUUUUUUUUUUAAUAUAAAGCUUUAUUUCAUGAUUUAACAGCU